AUGUCAAACAAUUCCGAAUCGAACGCCUCCAACGACGCUCAAGGAGAAAAUAACCCAUUAUCUCCAAUCAACCCAAUCACUACUUUGGGACAAGACAACCCAACUACUGUCCAAGAUGACGACCCCACCAUGGUUGGUAAUACUUUGAAUUUGACUCAAACUGAUCAACAAGUUAACGAGUUAUUAUCCCAACGUCUCCCAAAAAUGAUGGCAGACCAAUUUGGACCAAUGGUUAAUGAGCAAUUACAUCCCAUGAUGGAUAAAUUAUUUGAAGCCCAUUUACCGAAAUAUAUUUCAACCAUUGAAAACCAUGUUAAAGCUAUGUACUUUGAUACUGCAACAACCCGGAUCAUUGAUACAUUGAAACCUUUCAUUCAAGAAACGGUUAAUCAAGCUGUUCGGCCACGUUUUCCUGGCCUGUUUAGUGAACCAGCUAAUGUCUUGUCCAACAAAAACAAUAUUCUGGCUUCUCCUCCUCCAACUCAAACCAACAAUCCAGGUUCUCAACCUAAUGCUGACUUAGAAAACCCAACUAAUGAAGCUUUAGACCAUCCAGAAUCUGUUGCUGCUGAUACCAUUCCUAUCCAGUCACCACAAGACGUAGGUGCAUCAGCAAACCACCAGCAAGAUUCCAAUGGAACAGAAUCUGUUAAUUCAACUAUGCCUCAUCCUCCUUCUUCGGUUCCUUCUAUUGAUACUACUAAUCCCUUGAAAAGUCCAACUCAUAUCAAUUCACCAAACCCAUCUCACCAAUCCACUUACAGUAUGGUUAAUUCGAUGAAUACACACGUCACCUCUCAACCAUCGACUGAUCAAUUUGUCAACAAUUCCCCACCAUUUGGUUCAGGAAAAUUUUUCGAAGUCCGGAAACGUAUCUCCGCAAUUGAUGCUGAAUGUCAAGACUUGAAAGUCAAAAUUACCGACAUCAACAUCAUCGAAAAGAAAUUACCUUAUAUCUAUAAUCCCCUGUUAUCCAAAGAAUCUUUAUUCAUCGAACGACUUGACCUUAUUGAAAGUAUCCCUGAUAUUGAACGGACCAAAGAAGAAAAGGAAAGUUUGAAAAAAUCAAACCACAAAGAGUAUCCAACAACAACAUCCAUCAAAACCACACAUGAUACUUUAUUGUAUGUUAAAGAAUUAUUAUUUUAUAAAGCCAAAUAUUCUAUUCCAGAUAAGCUUUUAAAGGGUGCUUUUGUUUUAGCUUGCAAUAACCCAAAAGAUAAUGAUUUAAAAAGAGCUUGCGAUUUAGCUAUUAUUCCACAUAAUACCAAUCCUAAUUUCAAUGGUAUCAACUAUGGCAUCAUUAUUGAUUUGCUUUAUGAUACUGAACCAGCCAUCGUUGCAGAAUCGGUCCUUGAUUCUGUCAACAACUAUCUUCAAAAUGAAAAGAAUGCUAUAAUGUUAGUGGCACAAAUUGACUUUGCAAUAACAUCAAAUAUUAAUAACAUUACACCCAGUAUUUGGUAUCAAAUAUAUUGUUCACUUUGGAAUAAACAGAAACCUUUAAUGACAAAUUUAACUAAGACCAUAGACAAUCCCAAAGUAUCAGCCACAUUAGAAAGUAUUCAAUUCUAUAAAUCAUCGGCUAUCACAUCUAACCCAGAAUUUCAAAAAAUUGAUUUUCACGAAGUUUGGAAAAUCGUGAGCGAACAACUCAGACAUAUCGCAAAAUAUCACUCGGACACUACCUCAUCAAGUACUCCACAAUCUAACAAUCAAAAAGCUACCAAUUCGAAUGAUAAGAACCCAAAUACGAAAGGCAAAUCCCCAUGUACGUGUUGUGGCAAAAGAAACCAUUCUGCACAAGCAUGUUUCACCUUGAAACAACUUAUCAAAAACGAAAAGGUAAAAUUCAGUGACAAUAUCUUCUAUAAAAUGGAUGGAACAACUCCUUAUGAAUUAUCCCCUUCAGAAUACUUACUCAAAAAGUAUAGAACUGACUUUCCAGCUCCACCAAAAUCCAACACUGAAAAUAAACCUAAAGAGUCUACCUCCAAUGACUCGAAUUCAAAUGCGAGGCCUCACUCAACUGUCUGA